UUAUUGUCACCGCUCUCCAACCAUGCACUGUCCCUUCAGACUCUCAUUUCCCAAAUGAGUCAGUCAGAGGCGGCUGAGUGUCCACCAGGACAUAAUCUAAGACCACAAGCCACCUUGUUCCAUGUGAAAAGACAGGAACGGAUACACAGAGAGCAAGGGGGACCCUCCAAGUUUUGCUGGCAAGCUCAUCAUCUACUGGAUUACCGGCAGGACGAGAAAAAAAAAACAAAACAACAGGCUAUGAGGGGUCCAGAAGGUUGCUCUAGUUGACUGGCAAAGGGGAGCUGGUUGGUAGGGAGGAUAAACCAGGAGGAAGGUGAAGUGUGCAUUUCAGUGCACUGCAGGAUGGCGUCACCUCUGCCCUGGCUGUACAUUAUUUUAUGGGUAGAAAAUGCCCUAGGGAAACUUGAAGAUGAAGGAACCUUCUACUCAGAGAACAUCAGUCGGAUCCUGGACAACUUGCUUGAAGGCUAUGACAACCGGCUGCGGCCAGGAUUUGGAGGUGCUGUCACAGAAGUUAAAACAGACAUUUACGUGACCAGUUUUGGGCCUGUGUCAGAUGUGGAGAUGGAGUAUACCAUGGAUGUUUUCUUCCGCCAGACUUGGACUGAUGAGAGGCUGAAGUUUAGGGGGCCAAUUGAGAUUUUGAGUUUGAAUAAUUUGAUGGUCAGUAAAAUCUGGACACCUGACACUUUUUUCAGGAAUGGCAAAAAAUCAAUUGCUCACAAUAUGACAACUCCUAAUAAACUUUUCAGAAUAAUGCAGAAUGGAACCAUUCUAUACACCAUGAGGCUUACCAUCAAUGCUGACUGUCCUAUGAAGCUGGUUAACUUUCCAAUGGAUGGGCACGCUUGUCCACUCAAGUUUGGGAGCUAUGCUUACCCCAAAAGUGAAAUCAUAUAUACAUGGAAAAAAGGACCACUUUACUCAGUCGAAGUCCCAGAAGAAUCUUCAAGCCUCCUCCAGUAUGAUCUGAUUGGACAAACAGUAUCUAGCGAGACAAUUAAAUCUAAUACAGGUGAAUAUGUAAUAAUGACAGUGUAUUUCCACUUGCAAAGGAAGAUGGGCUACUUCAUGAUACAGAUAUAUACGCCUUGCAUUAUGACCGUCAUUCUUUCCCAGGUGUCUUUCUGGAUUAAUAAAGAGUCGGUCCCAGCCAGGACAGUCUUUGGUAUGCUUCACUCUUUGGGCUCUAUUUCCAUUCAUCCUCCACUUCUCAUGGCUUGUGCCAAGAGAAAGGCACCCAUUGUCGCCUCACCCCCAGUGACAGUGUCAAAAGCGAAGGAACCCUUGGAAGCUGAGAUUGUUUUGCAUCCUGACUCCAAGUAUCAACUGAAGAAAAGAAUCACCUCCCUGACCUUGCCAAUAGUUCCAUCCCUCGAGGCCAGCAAGGUCCUCACUAGAGCUCCCAUCGCAUUGCCGUCAACGCCUAUCACACCCCCGCCACCCUCUCCCGCCUUUGGAGGCACCAGUAAAAUAGACCAGUAUUCACGGAUUCUCUUCCCAGUUGCAUUUGCAGGAUUCAACCUCGUAUACUGGAUAGUUUAUCUUUCCAAAGACACAAUGGAAGUGAGCAGCAGUGUUGAAUAGCUUGCAGCCAGGACACUGUGUAUUAUAUCAGUUCUCAUUUUCUGAAUUUUUUAAAAAAAAAUAGCAUCGAGACUUGCGUGGAUGCAUUUCUGAACACGAAAUCGAAAUUGAAAAUCUGUAACACGUAGCUUUCAGUAAGUAUAUAUAAGCCCAAAAGCAAUCAUCUUACUCCUCAAAAUUGGAAAUUGAAGGUUUCAGAAAAAUAGGAUUCUUCUGUACAUUAGGGGAACAUUUUACAAGAAGAUAAGAUGGAUUCAAGGAGAAUUUGCCAAUCCUUGUCCUUCGUUCGUCAAUAUUUUCAUUGUCACUAUGAAUAGCAUUUACCACAAAGCAGAUACAAUAAGAAAUGCUGACACUUCCAAAGGUGGCCUUAAAAUAUGUGAAUUUUGGCUUAGUUUUCAAGAGAGCAAACCAUAGUGUAAAUAUUUAUCACGAGGUCCAUACCAACAUGUUGGAAGCGUUUAUGCUAGUGAAACGGCUUUCAGCACAUCAUAAAGCCUGAAUGGAACUUAGCCAUGUGUUUCUGACCUUGUUGUGGUAUUUUACCUCAAUGAAGUCUGGUGUUUGUAUACAUAUGAAUUAUACAUAGACCAUAAAUUACAUAUACAUAUGUACAGAGCUUUAGUGGGACUGCAAUAUUGUUGUUUUAUCUUGUAAGCUUUCCUUUUAAAAUAAUACACUCACAUAAUUCCAUGGAGAAACACAUUGGGAUUAUAAGGGAGCCUUGUAUAUUAUGACUGUCAUUAUAUCUCACAUUUUCUACCUUUCUGAGUACACCACUGAAUAAAGUGACAAUAAACCUGG